AUGGACAGUGUCUUGGAAGGAGACCACAACAACAAUGGACUCGAGCAGUGCAGAGUCGGGUCACGGGCUGGCCCACUUGUGGCGACCGUGGCAGGACACGACAGGCGGGUUGGCGUCCCAGCGUCCUUGGGCAGGAACCGGAAGCUGCAGCAGCAGCAACAGCAGCAGCAGCAUAUAGCAAACUAUGAGAGUGUGCCGCAAACAGGAGAUGAAGCUCGGACUUGUUCCCGUGUGCUCGCAGGACCUUCCGGAGGCGGCCGGCCCCGCGGAGACCACGCAGCUCGGCCCCCAAGUGCGGGGGCGGACUCCUGCCUCAGCUGCGUCAAGGUGGCGCUCCUGGGGGCGUCCGCCGUCGGGAAGACCUCCAUCGUCAGGCAGUUCGUGUGGAACGAGUUCAGCGACGACUACUCGGCGACGGACCGCCGCUACGCCUACUACCCCACCGUGGUGAUCAACGAGCGCCUGUACGAGCUCAAGGUCUCCGACAUACCAGUCAUCCCCUACUUCCCCAUCAACUCCUUCUACGAGUGGGCCGACUUCCGCUUCUACGGACUCAGGAGCGCCAACGCUUACGUGCUGGUGUUCGACCUGUGCAACACGGACUCGUUCCAGUACAUCCGCAGCCUGCGCGACCAGAUGUGGGAGAGCCGCGACAUGCGCCACGUGCCAGUCGUCGUCGUCGGCAACAAGCUGGACGCGCUGCAGAUGCACGCCGCCGCCGCCGCCCGGCGCCGCGACAUCGUGACGCUGGUGCGCAAGCACUGGAAGUGCGCCUACGUCGAGUGCAGCGCCAAGUACAACUGGCGCGUCGUCGCCGUCUUCAAGGAGGUGACGCGCGCCGUCGACGCCGCCCUGCACUCCGCCAAGGACGCCACCUCGCCCAUGAUGGACAACUUCCACGGCGCGCUCGACCGCAACAAGUGCAGCAUCCUGUGACGCCGGGGCCCCGCCGGGCAGCGCCGACCGCCGCGGGUCGCAGUGUGGCCGACUCCCUGAGGGCGCUCUCACCCCACAUGUAGAAAAUUCCGUUACGUCGUGCCUGGCCGAACUCCAGCAUUGCACAGCAUCCUGGUUCGCUGGGCUUGUCCCGUGGCUCUAGGCCUAUUUGAGAACUGUGUGCAAUACCGUACAGUUCCCCAGAUACGUGAGACGACACUACUUAAACCAUUUGUAGUUCGAGCACUGGAAUGACCGUAAUGAAUAUCCUGUGCAGUCGCUCGAGUCUUUCCACAUCAGAUACGAGCUUUUGACAUGUACAUAUCCAUCUGAUGGAUCACUCGUGCAGACACUUAAAAUUCCUCAUGUAGCAGUACAUUUCUGAAAUUUGUCACAUAGCAGUUUAUACACUAACACGGUAUUACCACUGUCCAG